AUGUCGUGGUGUAUGCAACUGGUGAAGCGUGCUAAUUACAAGGCUACAGUGAGAGAUCCUGGGACUCUUGGGGUUUUAACUAUGACGGAGAACAAGUUUGUGUUUAGCCCAAACGUUCACACGUCCACCGGCGCGAGACCGGCGCUCGAUGUGGAGUUUAAACAAAUUACACGUCUCAAAAACACUAAGGAGGGAGGAGAUAGACCACCUUGGCUUCGUCUCAGUGAGAAGGACAAAACUUACAUCUUUGAGUUCGCAAGUUUUCGUGAUCUUCAUGUAUGCCGAGAGUUUGCAGCCAAUGCGCUUGCUAGGCGUGGAGAAGCCGCAAUAUCUACUAGUUCUUCUGAUGAACAAAUCUGUACGGCAGAAAUAAUGCACCGUAUGAAGCUAUUAAAAGGAAGCAGUGAAUUGCACAAACUUCAUAUGCAGUAUGUAAUGAGUGGUGUCUUAACUGAAGCUGAGUUCUGGGCAGCUAGGAACAAGUUUGGUGAUGUAGAUAGCCGUCCAAAGCCAAAGCAACGGGUUGGUUUCAGAAACUCAAUGAUAAUGGACACCAAACCCAUGACGGAUGGCCGGAUGAACACGGUUAAUUUUAGUUUGACUGCAGAGAUUAAGUAUCAAAUUUUUGCCCUGAAACCAGCUGUCCAGCAGGCAUUUCUUGCUCUGGUUCCCAAUAAGACUACGGAAAAAAACUUUUGGACGAAGUAUUUCCGAGCUGAAUACCUCCGAAUCACAGGGAAUGCUGCUGCAGCUGAAGCAGAAGCCUCCGAUGAUGAGGAACUGGCAAUGUUUUUGAAGGAGGAUGAGGUAUUGGCAAGGGAAGCUCGUCGAAAGCUUCAACGGGUUGAUCCAACUUUGGACAUGGAAGCUGACCAAGGAGACGAUUAUACGCACCUUCCAGAUCAUGGGAUAUUCUUUCGGGAUGAGGUGUACAGCAGGAGAAGUACUUUAUCACAAGACCUUAACCAGCAAGGUGCUGUUGUUCUUCAAGGAAGAAGCAUCGUCGAAUUUGAUGAGAGUGGUGUGCAGGAGAGAUUUGGUAGGAUUGCUUGGACGACUGAGAUGGAGGAUCUUUAA